AUGGCUGGCGAAACCUUCGAGUUCCAGGCUGAGAUCUCUCAGCUGCUCGGCCUCAUCAUCAACACAGUCUAUUCUAACAAGGAGAUCUUCUUGAGAGAACUUGUUUCCAAUUGUUCCGAUGCUCUCGACAAGAUUAGAUAUGAGGCCCUCUCUGACCCAAGUAAACUUGACUCAGGAAAGGAUCUCCGUAUCGACAUCAUCCCAGACAAGGAGAACAAGACCUUGACUCUGCGUGAUACCGGUAUUGGCAUGACCAAAGCUGAUCUCGUCAACAACCUUGGUACGAUUGCACGAUCUGGCACCAAGCAAUUUAUGGAGGCUCUGACCGCAGGUGCCGAUAUUUCCAUGAUUGGUCAAUUCGGUGUUGGUUUCUACUCUGCCUACCUUGUUGCUGACCGCGUCACCGUCAUUUCAAAGCACAACGAUGAUGAGCAAUAUAUCUGGGAGUCCGCUGCUGGUGGCACCUUCACCCUCACACCCGACACUGAUGGCGAGCCUCUCGGACGUGGUACCAAGAUCAUUCUCCACAUUAAGGAUGAGCAAACCGACUACUUGAACGAGUCAAAGAUCAAGGAGGUCGUCAAGAAGCACUCCGAGUUCAUUUCCUACCCAAUCUACCUCCACGUCCUCAAGGAGACCGAGAAGGAGGUUCCUGAUGAGGAUGCCGAGGAGACCAAAGAUGAAGAAGAUGACCAGAAGGCCAAGAUUGAGGAGGUCGAUGAUGAUGAGGAAGAGAAGAAGGAGAAGAAGACAAAGAAGAUCAAGGAGUCGAAGAUUGAGGAAGAGGAGCUCAACAAGCAAAAGCCAAUUUGGACAAGAAAUCCCUCUGAAAUCACCCCAGAGGAGUACGGAUCCUUCUACAAGUCCCUCUCCAACGACUGGGAAGACCACUUGGCUGUUAAGCAUUUCUCCGUCGAAGGUCAACUCGAAUUCCGCGCCAUCCUUUUCGUUCCCAAGCGCGCACCCUUCGAUCUCUUCGAGACGAAGAAGACCAAGAACAACAUCAAGUUGUACGUCCGCCGUGUCUUCAUUACUGAUGAUGCUACGGAUAUCAUUCCUGAAUGGUUGAGCUUCGUCAAGGGUGUUGUUGACUCUGAGGAUCUCCCAUUGAACUUGUCUCGUGAGACUCUUCAACAAAACAAGAUCAUGAAGGUCAUCAAGAAGAACAUUGUUAAGAAGGUUCUUGAGCUUUUCCAGGAAAUCUCCGAGGACAAAGAGCAGUUUGACAAAUUCUACACUGCCUUCAGCAAAAACAUCAAGCUCGGUAUCCACGAGGACACCCAAAACCGCAACGCCCUCGCCAAGCUUCUCCGAUUCAGCUCCACCAAGUCUGGUGAUGAUAUUACCUCCCUCCAAGACUAUGUCACCCGCAUGCCUGAGCACCAGAAGAACAUGUACUACAUCACUGGCGAGUCGCUCAAGGCCGUCCAAAAGUCACCUUUCCUGGACUCCCUUAAGGAGAAGAACUUCGAGGUUCUAUUCCUGGUUGAUCCCAUUGAUGAGUAUGCCAUGACUCAACUGAAGGAGUUUGAGGGCAAGAAGCUUGUUGAUAUCACCAAGGACUUCGAGCUCGAGGAGACCGAGGAGGAGAAGAAGGUCCGUGAGGAGGAAGAGAAGGAGUUUGAAGGUCUCGCAAAGGCCCUCAAGAAUGUCCUCGGCGACAAGGUCGAGAAAGUUGUGGUUAGCCACAAGCUCAUCGGUGCUCCUUGUGCCAUCCGCACAGGUCAAUUCGGUUGGUCUGCCAAUAUGGAGCGUAUCAUGAAGGCACAAGCUCUCCGUGACACCUCGAUGUCCUCAUACAUGUCAUCCAAGAAGACCUUUGAGAUCUCGCCCCGCUCGCCAAUCAUCAAGGAGCUGAAGAAGAAGGUUGAGACUGACGGUGAGAAUGACCGUACCGUCAAGUCCAUUACCCAACUUCUCUACGAGACUUCCCUGCUCGUUUCCGGCUUCACUAUCGAGGAGCCAGCUGGUUUCGCUGAGCGAAUUCACAAGCUCGUCUCCCUCGGCCUGAACGUUGAGGAAGAGCCAGAGAUCAGCGAGGAGUCAGUUGCUGAGGCUUCGGAAGAGGCACCAGCCGAGAGCGCCAUGGAGGAGGUUGACUAG